UUGUUUUUGUUUGUUAGUGACGGUGUGAUGGUUAUGUUCGUGGAUAGUGCGUGGUCUAAACCUUAAAACUUUACAUUGGACUUAUGUAGAAAACGAGUGAGUCUGAAAUUAGUUACAGUAUCUUAUCGAGUUACACUUUCAAUAAGAAAAAUUAAGCUAUGAGAAGCAUUCUAUAACAAUUAAGUUGAGUGAUUUAAUUUUUCUGACGAGAUUGUAGGUUAGGUUUAACAAUGUGGUAUAUGUGAGAUGGCAGUGCUUAGCUUAUCUAAUUUUUAAUAUUGUUUAUUGUGAUAUAAUGGCUUCUAAGAAGAGUUUUAUAAGACGGUAUAACAGUGCUACCCCACAAAAUGUGGUGUUUGGCAUUUUUACAUCAGAUGAAAUCAAAAAGCUAAGUGUGGUUAAAAUAAGUACGCCUUUAACAUUCACAUCAUUAGGACAUACUCUUCCUGGUGGGCUUUAUGAUCCUGCUCUUGGUCCUUCUCAACAAGGCAUUAUUUGUGCAACAUGCUCAAACAGCAUAUUCGGAUGUAGAGGCCACAUGGGACACAUUGAUUUACCGUUUCCAGUUGUAAAUGCAUUAUUUUAUAGCAAUGUUAUUGCAUUUUUAAGCUGCUCUUGCCUUAGCUGUCAUAGAAUAUUGUUUCCAGAAGCUCGUAAGGUGUUGCUUAUUGCUCAACUUAAGCUCCUGGACAGAGGACAUGUUGUGCAAGCUAUGGAAAUAGAACAGAUAUUUUCUCAUGCAAUGUCCAUGAAUGAAGGGUUAUCAGAAGAAGCUUUUGCUGCUAUUGUAUCUGGAGAAAUAGAUAAACAAACAGAAGUGUUAAUGCAUGAUGAAGUUAAAACCGUUGAAGAUUGGAAACAAGUUGAAGUUUUAAGAAAUCAGUUUAUCAAUAAUAUCAAACAUUACAUUUUCAAAGGUAAAAACUGUCCAAAGUGCAAAGAACCUUGGAAAAAACUUAAGACAGUAAAAAAAAGAAUUAUGAUAGAAGCUAAACUUGAAGUAGCAAAUAAAUUUAAAAAUAAAACAUCAAAAUCUGGUCCUGAACUAACACCAAUAAGAGAAGGUGGUUUUGUAUAUCUGUUGCCUUCAGAAUCAAUGGUUCACUUAAGAGCCAUUUGGGCAAAUGAAGAAAAAUUAAUGAAAGAGAUUGUCCCAGUUUUAAAAUCUGUCUCAGGACCUCAUCCAACAGAUUUAUUUUUUAUGACUGUUGUGCCGGUAACACCAAUCAAUGCUAGGCCUGUUAAUUUUGUCGGUGGUACUGUUGUUGAACACCCUCAAAAUUAUGUGUAUAAAUUAAUUUUACAAGAUUGUUUGGUAAUUCGUAGCAUUGUUCACCUAAUGAAUACAAACAAAGAAACAAACAAUGAAAAUGACUUAUUGUCAAGUGAGAGAAUUAGGCUAAUUGAACAGUUGAAAGGCUCAAACCUUUCAGAGAAAUUACAAAUUUCCUGGCAUGAUUUGCAAAAGCAUUGUGAUACCUUACUUGACAAAUCUUUGGGGUCUGGAAGUACAACAGCUGUCACUGAUGGGCUUGGUUUAAAACAACUCAUUGAGAAGAAAGAAGGCAUCAUCAGAAUGCAUAUGAUGGGUAAACGUGUGAAUUUUGCUGCUAGAUCAGUCAUAACUCCUGAUCCAAAUUUAAAUAUUGAUGAAAUAGGUAUUCCAGAUAGGUUUGCUAAAAAAUUAACCUACCCUGUACCUGUUACUGCUUGGAACGUUGAAGAGUUGCGGAAGAUGGUCAUGAAUGGUCCAAAUAUUCACCCUGGAGCUGUAUUAAUAGAAAAUGAAGAAGGUUUUACUUCCAGGAUUUCUGCUGAUGACGUUACUAUACGUGAAAGCAUUGCAAAAACUUUAUUAACCCCUGAUGAAAAUAGCUUGUCCAAAGGAGUUAAGAUUGUUCAUCGGCACUUGUUGAAUGGAGAUAUUUUGUUAUUAAACAGGCAGCCAACAUUACACAGGCCUAGUAUUAUGGGUCAUAAAGCACGGAUUUUAAAAGGAGACAAGACUUUACGUUUGCAUUAUGCCAACUGCAAAGCUUAUAAUGCUGACUUUGACGGAGAUGAAAUGAAUGCACACUUUCCACAGAAUGAACUUGCCAGAAGUGAAGCCUAUAAUUUGGUGAAUGUUAGUAAACAAUAUUUGGUUCCUAAAGAUGGCACUCCAUUGAGUGGGCUUAUUCAGGAUCAUGUUAUUUCAGGUGUACGGUUGACUAUGAGAGAUUCUUUCUUUACCCGUGAAGACUACAUGAAUCUGGUAUUUCAAGCUCUUUCUUUCAUACAUGGUGAUAUAAAAACACUACCACCUGCCAUCUUGAAACCUGUCGCCUUGUGGUCAGGAAAACAAAUAUUGUCAACAGUAAUUAUCAACCUUACACCUCGAGGAAAAACACCUCUGAAUCUCACUUCUUCUGCUAAAAUCAGUUACAAAGCAUGGGAGAAGGGCCCUGCAAGACCUUGGCUAGCUGGUGGUACACCUUUUUCAGACCCCAAAAUAAUGACUGAAGCUGAAGUGGUCAUACGAGGAGGAGAGCUUCUUUGUGGGGUUCUUGACAAAACUCAUUAUGGUGCCACACCUUACAGUUUAGUACACUGUGUAUAUGAGCUAUAUGGCAGUCAGGCUUCAAGCCAGCUAUUAAGCUCUUUUGCCAAACUUUUCAAUGCUUUCCUCCAGAUUGAAGGUUUCACACUUGGCGUAGAAGAUAUCUUGGUAGUAAAGAAAGCUGACAAAGAAAGAUUGAAACACAUCAAAGCGGUCAGAAAAAUUGGAACGACAGCUGCUGCUAAGGCAUUAGAUUUGCCAGAGGACACACCCACGUCUGAACUCAAACAAAAAAUCGGAUUGUCCUAUAGGAAAGAUCCAAAGUUUCGAGGUCAGCUAGAUCAUCAAUACAAAAAAUGCUUGGAUACUUAUACAAACAAUAUAAACCAAGCAUGUCUUCCAUCUGGCUUAUUGUCACUGUUUCCUAACAAUAACUUGCAAUUAAUGGUACAAUCAGGUGCUAAGGGGUCCACUGUAAAUACUAUGCAAAUCUCUUGUCUCCUUGGUCAGAUAGAGUUGGAAGGAAAACGGCCUCCAAUAAUGCUAUCUGGUAGGUCCUUGCCAAGUUUUCCUCCCUAUGAACUUUCACCACGAGCUGGGGGUUUUAUUGAUGGUCGUUUCAUGACAGGCAUCCAACCUCAAGAAUUUUUCUUUCACUGUAUGGCAGGACGAGAAGGUUUAAUUGAUACAGCUGUGAAAACUAGUCGUAGUGGAUAUUUGCAGCGGUGUCUGGUCAAACAUCUUGAGGGACUGACAGUUCACUAUGAUCUGACUGUUCGUGACAGUGACAACAGUAUUGUACAGUUCCGCUAUGGUGAAGAUGCAAUGGAGGUGAUGAAGUCCCAGUUCCUCAACAAAGAUCAAAUAAACUUCUUGGCAGACAAUUUAAACAAUGUUCUUGACAAGAAAGUUGUUGAACAGUUGAAGAGUGGAAGUGAUAAUGAGUUCAUUGAAAGGCAUAUGAAGAAAAUGAAGACCUGGAAGAAGAAACAUCAAGAUCAGACUUACAGAAGGAGUGGGUUCACAUUGUUUUCAGAAGAGAUGAGUUUGCAACAUUCAGAAAAGAGUCAUAAAAAAAUCAACAAGAAACAUGGUCGCUCAAAAGCAGCAGUGAAGAUAUCUAAAAUGUGGUGUGAAUUGGAUGAAGAAUCUAAAAAAAGGUAUGAGAAGAGGAGCAUGAAAUGUCCCGACCCGUUGAUGUCACAGCUGCAGCCUGACGCUCAGUUCCGGUCGAUCUCAGAGAAACUAGAGAACAUCAUGAACAACUAUUUAGAACAAUAUAACAUAACUGGCGAACUGAAGGAGGACAUCAAAGACAUGAUCAGCCUGAAAUCCUGUUUGUCAGUGUGUUCACCCGGGGAACCGGUGGGCAUGUUGGCGGCUCAGAGUGUGGGGGAACCUUCCACACAGAUGACCUUGAAUACCUUUCACUUUGCCGGACGAGGUGACAUGAACGUAACCCUAGGCAUACCGAGGUUGAGAGAAAUACUAAUGGUUGCAUCGAAAAACAUCAAGACGCCUAGCAUGGAGGUGCCUUUCCACCAGAACUUGCACAAAUUGGAAAAGAAGGCAGAAAAACUGCGCAAGAGCAUGACUCGUGUACCAUUGUCUGAUGUAUUGGAAUAUGUGGAUGUCAAAGAACACUUAGACUAUGAGAGUGUCUUCCGCAAUUACACGUACAAAAUCCACUUCCAGUUUCUACCACGGAGUGCGUAUGAGGACAAUUCAGAUGUUAAACCCAAACAAAUACUCAGACAUGUGGAACGCAAGUUUAUCAAUGACAUUGUGGUGAAUGUCUAUCGUCGCAGCAAACUCAAGAAGGAUGUGGUCACGUCGGAGGCAGAGAAGGAGACUUUUGGACGCUCAAAGAGUCGUAGGGGUGAAGGCGAAGAUGAGGAUAUUGAUGCUAAAGAGCCCGAAACAGCAGUAAGCACAAAGGUGGCAGACGACAGUUCAGAUGACGAGUCGGUUGCUGAUGACGAAGAUGCUACAGCAGAGAGACGAAGGAUGAGACAGAAAGAGGAACAGGAGUAUCAGGACCCGGAGGAAGGAGAUGAGGGAGAUGUAAAUUCAGAGGAUGAGGAGAUGGUGGGGUCUGAUCAAGAGGGAGGGGUGGGAGAGGAGGAACAUGAGGACAGACUGAAAGAAGUGUUGCAGACAAGUGAUAAUGUCAAGAGUUACAGGUUCGACACCGAGUCAGAGUUGUGGUGUGAGGUCACUCUUUGUCUGGGUGUGAAGAUGGGACGGAUAGAUUUAUCAAACCUGUUGCGUGAAUUGGCGGGCAAGUCAAUAGUCACGCAGGUACCGGGGAUACGUCGCGCAUUCACAUACGCCAGUGGUGACUGCCUCAUGCUCAAAACGGAUGGACUCAACGUUUUGGAAGCUUUUCGUCACCAUCACCUCCUAGACAUAAACCGACUGUACAGCAACGACAUCUACGCUGUAGCAGGGACUUACGGAAUUGAGGCGGCGGCCAAGGUCAUCGUCCGUGAAAUUCAGGACGUGUUCAAGGUCUAUGGCAUUACGGUGGAUCCCAGACAUCUGCUGUUGAUAGCUGACUACAUGACUUACGACGGGACGUUUAAGCCCCUCAAUCGAACGGGGAUAGAAGGCAACAACUCUCCCUUUCAGCAAAUGUCCUUCGAGUCAUCCCUCAAAUUCCUGAAGAACGCAGUCGUCGGAACUAAAAAAGACAAGUUGUGUUCUGCAUCGGCUCGGAUUAUGCUUGGGCAACCGACCAAGUGUGGUACAUCUGCCUUUCAGUUGCUUCACCAACUUGCACCACAAACUUGACAUAUCAGCAGUGUACAGUGUAAAGGAAACUGUUGAAACUUUUUCUAGCUCAAUCAUAAAAGUAAUUCAGUUUUUGGUCACUUUUGUAAUAUGGUGGACUCUGAGUAUUGCAUAUUGCAAAUCUAAAACAGUAAAAUAUGUCAUGAUCGUGUUAGUAAAGAUUUCUGACUGUUAACUAACUCAAGUCCUGAUUCUGCUACUUGAUUUUUUAAAUUGUAAUAGAAUUUAUUUUUACUACGUCAAUCUACCUUGAGUUUUACAAUCAAGAUAAUUAUAAUUUUGUAUAUACUGUUAUGAUAUACUUUGUUGUGACACUUGUAUUUUACUGUAUAUAAGAUUUGUUAUUAAAUAUAAAAAUAUGUUUGAAA